GGCAGGGAGGAGCUGUCCAUCAGAGGGUGCGCAGGGCACAGCCUGCCUCGCACAACAGAUAUUGGGGCGACGGAGAGUGGCACUUCUUGAAAGCGGAAGUAGCAUCUCGGGCGUUCUUCUGUGAUACUUAGCCAGUGCUCCGGGUCCGGUCCUAGCACAGUGGACAGUGGAUGGUACAGGUUCAGUGCAGGAGACUCAGAAGCCUAAUUGCAAGUUGCAGAAAGUGUUGCAAAGGAGGCAGGUGCCAGGGAGCCUGCCUUGACGGGGUGGGAAGGCCCUCCAGGGUUGCUCUUCCAGUGGAGACUUGAGUGACGCAAGGCUAGGGCCACAGUGCUUCAGGUAGGGGAGAGGCGCUGGGUGAAGUCUGAGACAGAAGAGACUCGAAGGACAGUUGUGGCAGUGUGCCAGUGAGCUGGAGGGCGGACCACGUCACAGAGGUGUUGGGGGCGGUGAUGAUCCACCUCGAGCCUUCACAGCACCUGCCAAGCUUCCUGCUCGAGGUAGAUGGAACUAUCAGUAACCAAGGCAGCAGAGUGAGGCUGAAGAGAGGUUUGUGGGAGACUUAAGGUCCCUGGGGAUUUGUUCAGUAAGGCCUAUUAGAGGCUGUCCAGUCCCGCAGAUGGCUCCAGUGUCCCAAGUUGUGGAGGCUGAGGUGCCGCUCGUGUCCCUUGGUGGGGUGAGCAGAGAAGGAGAGGGCUGGGGCACCAAAGGGCCCCCUGGAGAGGAGAAGGGGCCUCACAGAGGGGAAGUCCUGGGCAGAAGUGGUGCCUUGGUCUGAAGAGGGUCUCCGGGAGGAAGGGGUCAAUUCCAUCAAGUGCUGGUAAAGGGAAGGUGAGGAUGGAAAUAUCUGUGAGGUUGGACCACAUGGAGGGCCCUGGUGACCUCAGCAAGGGCAGCUGCGGUGGUGUGGUGGGACGGAGCUGGGGAGUGGGUGAGCAGGCAGGGUUGUGUGUGGUCACUGGUGUAUCUUCAGCACUUCAGGUGGGGGAGUGGAGGUGGCACAGAGCAUCUUUCUGGAAACCUGGCUCUGAAGUGGUCAGGAGUGAGGGGCUCUGCAAGCCAGGAUCCACUGGGAAUGGCUCAGCCAUUGGGGGGCGGGGGGCCCAGAUGGAGUCUUUGAGCAGGCAGAGGGGCCUGGGGCUUGUGAGGAGAGUCUGGGGGAGGCCACAGCCCCUGUCCCUGCAGGAGGAGAAGAGGAGGAAGGUGCAGAUACAGCUAGGUCUGAUGAUGGGAAGACAAGGCAAGAAAGCCCAGUUUUCAUCUGAGUGUGAAAGCGGAGAAAGCUGCAGGAGGGCCGAGAAGGCAGGACACAGGCUCCUUGGGAGCAGAAAGCAGGCCCCUUGCAGAGGCACCGUGGCACCUGGAGCGCUGCCGGCUGGGAGCCGGUGGUGGCUCCUCUCUGGGCGUGCUCAGCUGCUCUGGGGGCAGGAGGGAAGCAGGUGGUGCGUGGAAAAGGAUGAAAGAGGACGGAGUUGUAAUGAUGGACUGGGGGCACUGAGACCAGGGAAGGAGGAUGUGAGGCCACUUUAGGACAGUGGUCUGGGCCAGCGUUAGGUCCAUGUGCAGCUUCGGGUGGUGGGGGCUGCAGUGGGGUGGAGCACAGGCCCCUGGAGGUGGGGCUGAGGCCGGCAGUGAUGUCAGAGGCCAGGGCCUAGCAGUUCUGGUCUGUGAGGGGUGAAAGCAGGAGCAGGGGAUGAUGUGAGCUGGUGCCCAGGCUGAGCCCACACUGCACCUCUGGGGGGGGGCCACACUGACCCUGAGGGGCUGUCUCUACCAGGCCCCUGCCCACCAUCCCCUCCCUGCACCAGGGGCCCAGCCUCCCUGGGUUGGCAGCAUGUGAGGCGUCAGGGGGGCCCUGAUGAGGGCGUUCUGUGGGCACCUUACCUCAGCUGCUCUCUGCCAAAAGUGGGCCAGGGUCAGGCAGCCAAACGCCACCAAGCCCCACCAGGCCCAAGAGGACUUCAGUCCCCGGGUGGUGGGCUGCAUUGGAGGGCCACCUGCGGCCAUCCCGGGGCAUGGCUUGUCUUGUCUGCUCCUGCCCGCUGCUUCCAGCCACUGCCUCCUGCUGCAAAGGGGAGAAGGCCGCAGCUGCAUGGGCCUCACUGUCUUCCUGCCUCCUACUGCCCUUGCUGAACACCCAGUAGGAGCUAAGCUGAGGACGCGUCCCUGCCACCGCUCUCACCUCUCCCAAGUGGGUGGGGGUCCAGGGCCCUGCUCAAAGGCUGGCUGGGGGUGCAGAGGACUGUCUGGGGAGUCCCGCAGGUACCAGGCAGCAUGUGCUUACCUCCCAGAUGAAGAGUGCCAGAAGCAGGGGGUGGAGUUUGUCCCCGCCUGCCUGCUGCACAAGAGGAGGAGGAGGGGAGGCCCGGUGGACAGCGAUGGGCUGCCUGGCAGAGGAGCGGCCUUCUGGGAGCCCGCAUCCAGUGACGAGGAAGGGGCCCAGAGUGAUGACAGCAUGACAGACCUGUACCCACCUGAGCUAUUCACCCAGAAGGCCCCAGGGAGGACCGAGAAUGGGGACCACAUGGACGCCAUUUUGGCAGAGAGUGAGGACGCUGCAGGGGAGGACAGCAGUGGGCUCACAGGGGGGACAGGCGUGGCCCGGGCAGUGGGCCGGAAGCGUGGUCAGAAGCAGUCGGGUUCUUUGAAGAAGAAGUUCAAAAGCCAUCACUGCAGACCUAAGAGCUUCAGCUCUUUGAAGCAGCUGGGUUAACACAGGACGGCUGGAGAUUCGCUCCGGCCCCUCCCUGUUCUGACACAGCCGCCUCAUGCCUCUGAACCUUCUCAGCUUUGUUUCCCGGCGCUGGGGGGUGGGGGUGGGGCUGUUCAGCAGGUAGAGGAAGCAACAGGUCCCUAAGGAAAGGCUGGUACCUGGACGAGGUCCCCAGCCAAGUCCCGGGGAACCUGGCUGGGAAACAUGAGAGAAUUGCAGAGCAUACAACAAAUGCCAUUAUUUAUUUUGAUGUUUCCAAAAAUCAAAACGUUUUCAAACACAACUAAGAUAUAAAAUACAGCAUAAAAUGAAAUUUAUACCUGUUUCCCACA